CCUGAAUAACUGGAAUCUACUCCACCACUACCUUCCAUUCCCCCAUAUAUAUACUCUCAUUCCCCACCCUUCUUUAACCUCUCUCUCUCUCUCUCUCUCUCUCUCCUUCUCUCUUUCUCUCUCUUGGGUAUUCUUGCUCGGUGGCCACUGUGACGAUGGUGAAGGACGACUGGAUAAGGGCUGCGAUGACAGAUGAUGGAGUGGUUGUGGAGCUUCUGGUGAGGCUCAAGCAAGCGCAAGCAGCGGCACCGGCGAAACCUCAGGCGGUUAUUCCACUCAGGUGGGGUUUACGACUUCCGAGGUCUAAGGCAGCCACAGCGGUAUCAUCUGGGAGAUGUGACGUCGUUUGUAGGAGGAAAGAUGGAGAUUCUUCUGCUAGAUGUAGUCCUACCACGCCGCUUUCCUGGAGCGGUGGUGGCGGCGCUGCUUCUCCCUCAGCCACCGCUGACGGCUUUGAAGAUACCAGCCCUCAUGUCAGCCGUUCUCUUACUAGCGCCAGAUCCAAGGGCGCUGCUACUACUGCUGAAACCACUAGCACCACCAAGAGAUCAAGAAGGAAGAAGACCUUUGCUGAACUUAAAGAAGAGGAAAGUUUUCUGUUGAAAGAAAGGAUGCAUCUGAAGAAGGAAUUAUCAACGUUAAAUGCCACACUCAAGGAACAGAUAGCAAGGAAUGAGAAUUUGAAGAGAAUAAAGCAUGAUCUGAAUUUGCAACAUACAAAGAAUUCAAGUUUAAUGCCGGGUUUGCUAGAGAAAGCAAUUUGCAGCAAGCCCCAGCAGAGAGAAUCUUCUCCCAACAACAUUAGUUCAAUGUUGCAUACGCAUGUUCAAGGUGAUGAUAAUACUAUGUCGGAUUCUUGUGAAACACAAGAUGCAAUUUCAAACCAUGAUAGAUCCUUCCUGCUCCCUGAUUUAAACAUGAUGCCAUCUGAGGAUACUCUCUCCGAAACUCCACCUGGAAUGAGAUGACAGAGAUCAUGUUAAAAAAAUGUUAGCUGUGCGCCUACCAAGGAUGUGGAUAUCAGAUCAUUGAACAACAUUUACUGUUAUGGUAGAAUGACGGGAGAUUGUAACCAUGUGUUUUGCCAAGGAGCUGCUUGCUUUAUGCACAUUCAAGGUUGCAUCCCGAAACUGCAGAUUUUGGCUAAAGCCUCAGAAGUUAUAGCAUGGAAGUGGUCUAUGGUUAAUUUGCCCAAGGCAAAAGAAACCAAAGGGACACGAAGAAGGUUUUUCAAUACUGUAAAAGAGACGAUGGUUAGUAGAUUGUAGAGAUUUCUUGAUUUGUUGGAGGUUUCUAUAUACCUCUGAAAUUCUGUGGGGUACAGCUUCAUUACUUCUUAUUUGUUGGCUGCUGAACUCUUAUGUUAAAAAGAUUCUUUCAACUAAUUUUACAAUAUAUACUCUUUA